AAAUUAAAUUGGUCCAAUUAGCUAUGGUUUCUUAUCACCAUAAGAAAUUGGCCCCGAGUACCUUAAUCGCAAUUAAUUAUAAUUACGUUAUAAUUUUACAACUUCAAGCAGAGUCCUCAGAUUUUGACGUCAAAAUUUAUUUUCGACAGGAGCCGGCAGAUUGGGUAGGCUCCGUCACGACCGACACAUCAGUUGUGAAAUGUUAUUUGACUCUUUUCCUAUUAACAAAUUUAAAAUGGGAAUAUUUUAUGCUUAAAGGCUUUACAUAAGAAGUGGAAGGUGUGUUUUAAAAAGUACUGCGAUUAAAAUAAAAGAUUUUAAAUCUGAAUUCAUGGCAAUCUUACUGAGGUGUCUUCACGUUUAAAGGUGAAAUGCACCUUCCCCGCAUUAAGAACAUUAUGUACACGAGGAUACACGAUGACACAUUUAUUGAUAUGUCAAAAACAUAAUUACACUUUAUUAGUGGGGUUUAAUAAAAUCUCCAGUUGACAGCACAGUUCUGACAAGCGAGCAGAGGUGAUGCUGCAGUAGCAGAUGUGCAGUCAGUCUGUAAUGAUGAGGCUGAAAACGACGUGAGGGACGCUGUUGACACACUUUGUGUGUGUGGCACACAGUUUUUCAGGAAGUCAAGAAAGCGAAGGCAGUAGACGACAUGUUUUUGACCGCAUUAACGUUUUUUUUCCAGCAGCUAAACGGGACUUGUAACAGCUUCCUGUUGAUGUUCGUGGAGGUGGAUCGACGUGUCUGCACUAACGGGCCUGCUUUGCCCCUCAUCCUGGGGCUGUCUCUGGGGUGCAGUCUCAGCCUUUUGAUGGUGUCCUGGACGCAAGGGGACACGGACGACCCCUGCGGAGAUGAGCUGGCCAAAGGUGGGCUCUUCCUGGGCAGGAGAGAUGCUCAGAGAGGAGGGAGAGAUGGAGCUGGAGAGGAGGAUUUCCAGCCACGAAUAGUUCCCUAUCACAAGGACCCAAACAAACCACACAAGAAAGUCCUCAGAACUCGAUACAUCCACACUGAACUGGGCAUCCGAGAGCGGCUGCUGGCAGGCGUCCUCACGUCUCGGGCCACCCUCGGCACGUUAGCCGUGGCAGUGAACCGCACGGUCGCCCAUCACUUCCACCGAACCUUUUUCUUCACGGGCCUCCGGAGCCCCAAGGUGCCACACGGCAUGACCGUGAUUGCCCACGGCGACGACCGGCCAGUGUGGCUGAUGUACGAGACGGUGCGGCACCUCCACCAGCACUAUGGCUCGGAGUACGACUGGUUCCUGUUGGCGCAGGAUGACACUUACAUGCAAGCAGAGCGCCUGUCAGAGCUGGUGGGCCACCUCAGCGCAGGUCAGGACCUGUACAUUGGCAGGGCUGAGGAGUUCAUCGGCGGGGAGGAGAAAGCCCGUUACUGCCAUGGCGGCUACGGCUACCUUCUGUCCCGCAGCCUGUUGGCGCGACUGCAGCCGCAUCUCGACACCUGCCGCAACGACAUCCUGAGCGUGAGACCGGAUGAGUGGCUGGGCCGCUGCAUCAUCGACUAUCUGGGUCUGAGCUGCGUGGAGGUGCACCAGGGGAUGACGUAUCGCUACUUUGAGCUGGGGAAAAACGCAGAUCCAGAGCGUGAGGACAGCGUUGCGUUUAAAAACGCCUUCACAGUUCAUCCUGUAUCGGACCCCAACCUCAUGUACCGUCUGCAUAAACGCUUCAGCCAAAUAGAGCUUCAGUGGACUUACCAGCAGAUUUACGAUCUACAGAUGCAGAUCAGCAACCUGAGCCACUUGACCCCUGAGGGUAAGGCUGGGGUCACGUGGCCAAUCGGCAUCAACUCCCCCUUCAAACCCAAGACUCGCUUCGAGGUCAUAAACUGGGAUUACUUCACCGAGGAGCACAUUUACUCCUGCACGGACAGCUCGCCCAAAUGUGAGAUGAGAGGAGCUGACCGAGCCGACGUCAGCGCCAUACUGGAGGUCGCUGUGGAGCGGCUCAACGAGCGAUACCAGCCGCAGCUCCGCUUCCGCAAGCGGCGCCUGCUCAACGGGUACAGGCGCUUCGAUCCCACGCGUGGGAUGGAGUACAUACUGGAUCUGGCACUGGAGGCUUUCACCCAGAAAGGUCACAACCAGGUCAUUGCCAAAAGGGUCAACCUGUUGCGACCUCUGAGCGCUGUCGAGAUUAUCCCCAUGCCUUACGUGACGGAGGCAACGCGGGUGCAGGUCAUCCUGCCGGUCACCGCCCAGGAUCAGGACUACGUGGGUAACUUCCUGGACAUGUACGUGACGAACACCCUAGACACCCACGAUAACGUUUUACUGACCUUCCUGUUCAUCUACGACCCCUUCGACGCCCAGAGAGUCAGCCAGAGCGAUGUGUUUGCCGGGGUCAAGUCGAUGAUCGGCGAAGUGGAAAAGCGUUAUGGCGACGUGAAGAUUCCUUGGAUCAGCGUGAAGACGGAGGUUCCCUCACAGGUCAAGCUGAUGGACAUAAUUUCCAAGAAGCACCCAGUUGACACGCUUUUCUUCCUGUCGAGUGUUUGGACCGAGGUCAACGCGGACUUCCUGAACCGCUGCCGAAUGAACGCCAUCAGCAGCUGGCAGGUUUUCUUCCCCGUCCACUUCCAGGAGUUCAACCCCGCCGUCAUCUACCGCGACCAACAGCCAUCCGCCUCUUCCACCUUCGCGUCGGAGUCUCUUCGUGACGGCCACUUCGACCGCCACGUCUUCGACGAAGCCUGCUUCUACAACGCCGACUACAUGAGCGCACGCACCAAAAUGGCAGCCGACAUUUUAGAGAAUGAGGAACUAAUGGAGAGCAUGGACGUUUAUGACAUUUUUGUGCGUUACUCCGGCUUGCAUGUGUUCCGGGCCGUGGAGCCGGCGCUGAUUCAAAAGUACGUGCGGCGGGCGUGCAACCCGCGGUUUAGCGAGGACAUCUACCACCGCUGCGUCCUCAGCAACCUGGAGAGUCUGGGGUCGCGGUCGCACCUCGCCAUGGCUCUGUUUGAGCAGGACCAGGCCAACAGCACAUAAAACACUGGUUUAAUGCUGAUAAUUGUGGAUUUAAUCCUCUUUUUUCUGGAAAUCUUACGGUACAAAGAUGUCAGGAUCGAUUAAAAAAAAAACUAUAAUAACAACCUUAACUGUUUACACCUCGCAGCUGAAAGUAUCCCUGCUCAUUACGGGAACUUUUGACUUUUGCUUUUGUACCUUUUAAAUGUGUCACGUCUAAACAGCGAUGAAUCAUAGAUGCUACUCUGAUUCCUGCUGUUCGCGUUCUCAGCCUCUGAGACGGUAUUUAUAUAUUUAGGCGUAUUUCAGUAUCUGUAACAUAUAAACAAAGGCCUUCUUUGUUAAUAAUCAUUGGAAAGAAAAUCACUUGAGCCAUAAGUCUUCCAUUGUGGAGAUGUUCAGAUACUGGAAACAAGCUGAAGCCAUUGGCUGCCUUUUUCUUUAGGAAAUGUUCUUUUUUUUGUAAGAAGUAUUAAAAAGUAAAAUUUAAAAAUUAA